AUGUUUGUGUGUGUCACAGAUCCUGUGGGACCACGAACCGUCGCUGAGCUCGUGGAGCAGCCUGCCGUACGUCUGGUUCCUGUUCCACUGGCUGGCCAUGUCGCACACGUGUUACAACCCGCUGAUCUACUGCUGGAUGAACACCCGGUACCGGGCCGGUUUCGCGGCAGUUCUGCGCAACGUUCCCGGGUUCAGCCGGUGCUUGGGCGGUUACCUGCGGGCCCAACAGCACCAGUCGCACCACUACAACAGCCACAACGACCAAAGCCAGGCGGACGGCCUGCACCGGAUCAACACGUCGUCGUCGUUCGUGUCGGUCAAGUCGCGGCUCAAGUCGUUCAACGGGCGGCCCGCGGCUUACGGCCGGAGCCGCCGGAACUGGCACGAGGAAACGCUCUGAGCGCCGCCGGAACCGCUCGCGCGACGUCGCGGUCGCCGGCGGUGGCCGGACAUCCGGGAAAGGGCAGUUUUCACGGUGCGGUCGAGACGGAUAACCGCACGCUUUUGACUUAG